AUGACUGCAGAAAUAUGGGACAUUGUUAUUGUUGGAGCUGGACUUUCUGGACUGAGUGCAGCUCAUUUGCUAAGAAAAAGGGACGCCAAGCUGAGAGUCCUGAUACUGGAAGGAAAAGAGCGUGUUGGAGGUCGCACAGUGACUUGUGAAAUACCAGCAGCUAAUGGUAGUGAUUGCUGGGACUUUGGAGGGCAAUGGGUAGGAAGCACCCAAACACACAUCAUGGAGCUCAUAAAGGAACUGGGCUUAGAAACCUACCCACAGUUCACCUCAGGAAAGACAGUGCAUCACAUGGGUGGCCCUGAUGAUAAAAUUCGCACAUGCCAAACAACUAUCCCUACUGAAUCCCCGGUUGUGCUAAUGGAUGUCACCCAGUUGCUGUGGAAGAUAGACAAACUGUCUUCUACAGUUUGUCUGCAGGAUCCUUCAAGGACUCUCCACGCUGCAGAGUUGGACAGUAUAACCCUGCACACCUUCAUUGAAAAACACACCUGGACAAAAGAAGCAAAAGGGGAUGUGGGAGUGCUCAGUCGGACUUUAUUUGGCAUGGAGCCGUCCCAGAUGUCACUUCUGUUCUUCCUCUGGUAUGCAGCAGCAGCUGGAGGUGUCAUGCCUCUGAUGGCCACCAACACAGGUUCUGCACAAGAGUUCAAGAUCAAGGGAGGCACCCAACAGCUUUCAGAGCUUCUGGCAGAACAUAUAGGGUGGGAGAAUGUCCGGCUGGGUUCUGCUGUGACGGCCAUAUGGCAGGAUGGGGAGUGGGCCAAGGUGAAGACUGCCACCAACACCUUCCUGUGUAAAGCUGUCAUCGUCACCUGCCCCCCGCAUUUGGCAGCAAAGAUCCAGUACCAACCAGCCCUGCCUCACCAAAGAGAGUUCCUUACUCAGAACAUGCCUGUGGGCCACAUGAUAAAAUUUCUCAUUACCUACCAAACGGCUUUUUGGAGAGAGAAGGGUUAUUCUGGGGAAAUAGCAGUACAGCCAUCCAAUGACUGUCCAUUCAGUGUCACCUUUGAUGCCACCAGCCCCAAUGGUAAUGCCGCCCUCGUUGGCUUCAUUGCUGGGCAGCAGGCUUCUCAAUGGAGCUCCAAGGAGGCUGCAGAGAGGAGAAAUGCUGUGCUGUCCAGCCUGGUGAAAUAUCUUGGUUCUGAGGCAGCGUCGUUCAUCCACUAUGAAGAGAAAGACUGGGCAAUGGAGAAUUAUAGCGGGGGCUGUCCUGUUAACGUCAUGUCACCAGGUCUCCUCACAUAUUAUCACCCCAGCCUGAGGAAACCCUGUGGCAGGAUCCACUGGUCAGGCACUGAGACAGCCACCCAGUGGUGUGGUUACAUGAGUGGUGCAGUCCAAGCUGGUCAACGAGCAGCUCUGGAAGUCCUGGCUGAAAUCUGCCCCAUGAAGCUGACCCGCGAGGACCAGGAAGAAAUCCAACAUUAUAAAACUGUUGACGUUCCAGCACAGAAAACACCUUCAUUAUCCAUACCCCUGUCCCUGUGCAGGAACAAAGCUGUGGUCAUAGCAAUACUGACAAUUAGUGCUGCUGUCCUGCUGAUACGGCAUCAAAACACAAUACACAAAAUCAAGAUCUGUUUCACAAGUGUGCCUUCAACAGCCAUGCAUUAUAUGUUCAAAGUGUAAAAAUAUACAUUCCACAUAAUAAACUCCACCUACAGGCAUACAUUAGCCUCCAUUUAUCAGUUUGUUUAAUGUAUGAGCAGGUUUUCUUGAUUUAAAAAAAUGCUACUUGGUUUAUUUUGGCAAAUAUUUAAAUUACACAUUUAAAAUAAAGUGAUUUUAGUGAAAUAUUACUCUUUUAAGCUCAGAGUUUGUUAAUUUCGCUGAGAAAAGCAUUCAAUUUUCAUACUUCAAGAACCAUUAGAAAAUUGAAAAUUCAUUGACAAUUCAUAUUUUUAUAGUUUCUGGCAAUGAUACAGUAGAUCGUGUAAUUAUAUUUUAAAAAAAUUACAAUAAGAAUU